CAAAGAUGGGAGGAUAAGAGGGCAGUCUUAACUCUCUCUUGAAAAGCAGGCCAGGAAUAGAAAGAAGGGUCUCAAUAUUCCUCUGGGACGGUAAAGACAGGUUGUAAUCCCACCCACAUACACACUUUGGAUCUUACCAUAGUGCUCACUCUUGUAACCAAUGGCAGACAAUGACACGAAGGACCCUCCUCCACCAUACUACUCUGUGGCAAUGGAUUUAGCACCCCCUCUCAUGACCUAUGAGCAGGUGAUUCACGAUGACAGUUGUGAUGUCACCAAGAAAACGGUACCGUACUAUGUUGAAAAGGAUCCGACACAAGUAGGAGCCAUUAUCAUCACACAGCACACUGUCUCACAUGCCAGUAGCAAGAAGCAGGAGUCUUGCGGACGGAGUGCCAAGUGUUAUGGUGGUUUGGCAGGUGUACUUUUGCUGUUGGUACUCCUUGGAGUGGCCAUCUGGCUUGGAGUACAUUUUAGGUCCAAGGCAAAUUCAGUCCAUAAUGAAAGUAUUUGCAAGGGAAAUGAUUGCAUGCAAGGAAAUGAACAGGGAAAUGAACAAGGAAAUGAACACGGAAAUGAACACGGAAAUGAACAAGGAAAUGAACACGGAAAUGAACAUGGAAAUGAACAAGGAAAUGAACACGGAAAUGAACAUGGAAAUGAAAGUGAAGAAGAAAAUGAAAGUGAAGAAGAAAAUGAAGAAGGGCAUCGUGGUUACAUGAAGGUACCUGAAACCUGCUCAAACUUCUCAGUACCAUGUGACGCCAUACAAGCCUGUCAACAGUCUGACGAGACAAAUUGCGUGAGGUUUGGUGAUGGUGGACUUUUGCAGGUCAAAACAGCUCAGGAUGGGCGAUUCCUACCCGUGUGUUAUCAGGGCUCGGAUACCAGUUACGCAGAUCAGAUCUGUGCCCAAUUGGGAUUUAGAAGGUCCUAUGCAUUAAGUCCAGUGGAGAACAAUGAUUCUGUAGCUCUUACUUUAAAACCUAGAACAGACAGUCUUAUUCAGGGUCUGGUCAAUGUCAGUUCAACCUGUCCGAAUGAGCAAGCAAUCUCCCUUCAGUGCAAUGACUGUGGCAAGCAGCAGACUACCUCCAGGAUCAUAGGGGGCAAGGCUUCUAAGUCUGGCCAGUGGCCCUGGCAGGUUAGCCUGCAUUUUAAGGGAAGACACGUUUGUGGUGGAUCACUCAUCUCUCCAGACUUUGUAGUGUCAGCUGCCCAUUGCUUCCAAGGGGUAAUGAUGAAUAAUGCAAGCUGGGGUGUGUAUGUUGGAGCUAUUUCCCAGAAUGAACUUCAGACCGCUUACACUGUGAAGAAAAUUAUAGUGAAUGAGAAAUUCAAUGGUAGCAGCUAUGACUAUGACAUUUCCUUGCUGAAACUCGACAAACCUGUGGACUUCUCUGAUACUGUGCAGCCUGUUUGUCUUCCUGGCUUUGACCAGAACUUUUCUGAAGCAUCAGAUUGCUGGACAUCCGGCUUUGGGAUAACAGAGGAAGGAGGAGGCAAUAUCUCUAAAAGUCUCAUGGGAGUGACAGUGAAUAUCACAGACACGCGUCUUUGUAACAGCAGUCGAGUAUACAAUGGGGCUAUCUCUAAAAAUAUGGUGUGUGCCGGUGAUAUGAAUGGGGGCCGGGACUCCUGUAAGGGCGACAGUGGAGGUCCACUGGUGUGCAAGGGAGGUAAUGAACGCUGGAAUCUGGUAGGAAUUACGAGUUGGGGAAGAGGCUGUGGGGAAAAAAAUAGACCAGGAGUAUAUAGCAAAGUGACCAACCUACUACCCUGGAUCUACAGCAAAAUGCAGCAAGAGAAGCCCUGAUGCCUCUCUUCUGUGUGGUGUGUCUAUCCCUGAGUCUUUGAACAAAGACAGUGGAAAGGCACAUGGACAAACUGAUAGACAAGUGGUGGAUGAGACAUGAAGGACAGAUAAAUGCACUUUGACAUGGGACAGUGUUGCAAUACUGUAGCCACAAUACAAACAAAUUAGCAGUGCUUUCUAUUAGCUACCCUUUAUCUUUGCGUUUUUACAGUACUGUAAGUUUACAGCACACUGCUGAAUCUGAUUCUUUGCUGCCUCUUCAAAUUAACAGGAUCCUUGCACUGAUUUUUACUACAGAAAUGUAUUGGGAGUAUUGUUUAUGAGUUUGCUGCUCGCUUCAACAAAUCUGUAUUUAAUAACCAAAGGGAUGUUAAUUUCAUUUGAAAACUGGUGUCUAUUAAUUAAGAUAAAAUGUUUGUAUUACUUUAUGUGAAGGAUCUGAACUACACUGAAUAUUCUUUAUGCAUGUCUUCUCAUAACAUCAUAUUGUUUCUUUAUAAAUCAUGUCAAAAUCAAAUACAAUUUAAUGUUUAUUUUCACACAGGAAAGUUGUCACAAUGGCUAAACCUUGUAAUUGUUUUAUUGUAUAAGCUAUUAAAGGUAAUAAUAUUGAUUA